AUGGGGGGAGAGGAUGCAGCUCCUGGUUCUGUGUGGGGCGGUGCCAGGGACGGGGGACAGUGCGUCCUGUCCCCAGUGGAGCAGGAGCAGCCUGGCACGGCUGCCACCCCACCGGCUCCCCUCCACCUCACCCCCACUCUCUACAGGACCCUGAGAAAUCAGAGGACACCCAAAGACUCGGAGGAGCAGCAGGGCGCCUUUGAGCUGCCCAUCCUGCAGCGCCGGCCCUGCCAGCCCCACAGACCCAAACACGCAGGGAAGGAGGCUGCGAGCCCCACUGAGACACCUCUGCUGAAGCCACCCACGGGAGAGCCCCAGGUGCCCCCCGAGCAGCCCCAACCCCACCAGCAGAUCCUCAGGAGCCUGGUCCGGCUGUCGCUGGUGGCCCUGGCGGAGCAGAGCCCCACCGGGGAGUUUGCCAUGGAGUCACCUCCAGUGCAGCAAAUCUCCCAGCUGCUCUCCCUGCUGCACCAGGGCCAGUUCCAGCCCAAAACAAACUACAGGGGAAACAAGUACACGGCCAAGAACAGCAGCAGGGCUGCGGGGCUGGACACGGGGCUGGACACGGGGCUGGACACAGGGCUGGAGACGGGGCUGGACACGGACUGCCUGAGCACCAAGGACAGCGGGCACGGCGAGAGCGAGGCCGGGGACCGCGACUGCGACAGCGCCUUCGAGCUCUCCGUGCAGCAGCUCGUGGGAGAGGAGCUGGAGACCCUCCUGGAGCCACAGGCAGAGCUGGCCCUCAGGAGGCUGACAGCUGCAGACCCAGCGUGGGUGGCCCGGCUGUCGCUGCCCCUCACCAGCAGCUACAAGGACAACGUCUUCUCCCCCGACUCGCCGCACUGCCCCGAGGAUGAGGAUGCUGCGAGGCAGGAGAAACCCAGGACCUUUGAGACCUUUGGCAAAGGCUCUGGGGCUGACGCUGGUGGCAGCGGGACGAGGCUGGCCAGCACCUUCCUGUCGGAGAUGAGCACCCUGUUUGAGCUGAUCCUGUCCCAGAAGGCGCAGGAGCACGGCCAGACGGGCGCGGGGCUGCUGCGGCAGCUGUCGGCCCGCAGCCACGGCCUGGGGGAUGCUGCUCCAGGGCUGUAGCUGGGGGAGAACAGGAAAGAGGUUUGGGGUGGGCUUGGCACUGUAGGAGCCAUGCCUAGCCAGGUUUAUUUCUUCCUUUGCCUCGCCCCAUGGGAUUUCUCCGUGACUGAUUUCACCUGUUUCUCCUGCCCAUCCUCACCCUCGUCCUCUGCCUGCCUCCCGUCCCAGCCAGCAGCAGGAGGGCCCUUUCCUCCCAGGACAGGACAAGGGGGCUGAGAACAACCUCAGCACAGGGAGAUGUGUGAUCACAGGCUGUGGAAAUACCUGUCACGGACACUGCUGCAGCUGGGCUCCAGGGUUUCAGUAAUUUAA